AUGCCAUACAACAUUGCUAUGGUCAGCGACAACUUCUACCCUCAACCCGGGGGCGUUGAGAGUCACAUGUACCAGCUAGCCACGAAACUUAUCGAUCGCGGCCAUAAAGUCAUAGUCAUCACACACGCAUAUGCCGGUCGAACAGGUGUGCGCUACCUCACAAACGGACUCAAGGUCUACUAUGUGCCCUUCUUCAUCAUCUACCGCGAGACUGCCUUCCCCACCGUCUUCUCCUUCUUCCCCAUAUUUCGCAAUAUUGUCAUACGCGAACGGAUUGAGAUUGUACAUGGGCAUGCCAGUCUCAGCAGUCUGUGCCAUGAAGCCAUCCUCCAUGCACGGACUAUGGGGCUGAGAACUGUCUUCACAGAUCAUAGUCUCUUUGGCUUUGCUGAUGCUGGAACCAUACUCACCAAUAAGCUCCUAAAGUUUACACUGAGCGACGUCGACCACGUCAUUGGUGUCAGCCAUACGUGUAAAGAAAACACCGUCCUCAGGGCGUCACUAGACCCGUCAAUGGUUUCGGUCAUACCGAACGCAGUCGUUGCCGAAAACUUUCGUCCACUGUCGCAGGACACUCACGAUACAAAGCAUCGAGCAGCACCAGGCCCUCGACAGACUUUUGGGCCUGAUGAUAUCAUUACCAUAGUCGUCAUAUCUCGACUCUAUUACAACAAGGGAACAGACUUGCUUGUUGCGUCCAUACCUCGCAUUAUUGCAGCAAAUCCCAACGUUCACUUCAUCAUUGCCGGUAACGGGCCCAAGGCUAUCGAUCUAGAGCAGAUGAUCGAACGAAACGUACUGCAGGAGAAGGUUUUAAUGUUGGGUCCCGUGCGUCACGAAGAGGUCCGGGAUGUCAUGGUGAAAGGUCACAUCUACCUUAACCCGUCGUUGAUGGAAGCGUUCGGCACAGUCAUCGUGGAAGCCGCGUCAUGUGGUCUGUAUGUGGUGUGUACACGGGUUGGAGGAACACCUGAGGUGCUCCCUACGCACAUGACGGAGUUUGCAGCCCCUGAAGAAGACGAUAUUGUUGCCGCUACUGGACGUGCAAUUGCAAAGUUACGAGGAGGCAAGGUCAGAACAGAUUUGUUCCACAACCAGGUAAAGCAGAUGUACUCGUGGACCGACGUUGCGCAACGGACGGAAAGGGUCUAUGAUGGCAUUAGCGGCGUCAUACGGCAUGACCAAUUCUAUCAGGGUACGGUUGCUACUGGAGUAUGGAGCGCCACGCGAGGUCGGUCCGGUGUGCAGAGCUUCGCACUUAUCGAACGCCUAAAGAGAUACUACGGCUGCGGUAUCUGGGCUGGCAAGCUCUUCUGCUUGUGUGUUAUCGUUGACUAUCUGCUUUACGUUCUUCUGGAGCUCUUUGCACCAAGAUCCCAAAUCGACAUAUGCAAAGAUUGGCCCAAGAAGGUCAACGGGGAUACCAGGGAUAUAGAGCUCGAUGCCUCCAGAGACGACAGCACUCUUAUGAGGAAAAGAAGCAGUCGGUAUCGCCGCGAGAGAAUAGAUGGGCAGGAUGACAUCCAAAGGGCAUAG